UUGCACAACAAGCUCUCAAGAUGAAGUUUUCUGUGUGCCUUGUGAUUCUGAUCUCAAAUGCUGCAGCAAUUCAAGAUCUUUCGGGUAAAAUGUUUACGUUUCCUCAACAAACUAACUCUGCUCAUGUGAGGCUGAGUACAUCCAAAAACAGCUUCAGUGCUCUGACCGUCUGCCACAGAUCAUUCACGGACCUUAAACGGGACCAUGGCCUCUUCUCGUUGGCUCUGCCCUCUAGUACCAAUGAAUUCAUGUUAAUAUUCAAAUAUGACACGCAAGAAAUGGAGCCCCAUGUGAAGACUGAUAAAGUUGGGUACAGAGUCCUAGACUACAAACCCAACCAGUGGCACUCCAUCUGCACCACCUGGGAGUCCAGCACUGGUCUGGUGCAGCUCUGGUUCAACGGACAGCCCCUCAGCCGCAAAUAUGUCUCUGGAGGACAAGCUGCUAUGUCUGGAUCCCCAAUCAUCACUUUAGGACAGGAGCAGGAUGCCUAUGGAGGAGGCUUUGACAUAACCCAGAGUUUCAUAGGAAUGAUGACUGAUGUGCACAUGUGGGACUAUGUGCUCUCGUCCUGUGAGAUCCAGAAGUAUAUGUCCGAGCUCAGCUUCACUCCAGGGAACGUUCUCAACUGGGCAGCUCUGGACUUCCAGAUCAACGGCCGAAUCCUGAUCGAGAACAAACAAAUGCACUGUCAGUAAACUUUACACAGGCCUGAGAUGUGUCGAGGUAUGAGUACAUGUGUGUUAUUUUUGGGCCUUUUUUUCUUUUACAUUUUGCAUUAUUUAGGCUUUUGACUGCCAUAGUGUUGAGUAGUCUAUCUAUUGUAAUGGUGUGUUGUUUUUUUUGUUUUUCUGUAUUUUGUACUAUAUCAAAUACAACUGAAUCGUGUGAAUUUUUAGUCAUGUUAUAAUGCUGUUACCUCAUCAAAAAUGUACCUGAAGUUGUGCUUUAUUUCAUUCAUACAUGUUUAGUCCUGCAUUAUUGGACUGUCUACAUUUUCCAAGUUCAAAAUGCUGUGUUCCACCUCGUGAUGUCAUUAAGUGGGAGUUUUAAAGUUAAUAGCUUCAACUGAACUUCUGUCAUUGCCUUAAAACAAACAAACAAAAAAAUGUUUUGUUCAGUUGAGAUUUCCACAGAAAGUCUAAAACAUUUAGCUGUGGGUUCAAAGUUUGGCGACUCCUGGGCCUGUUUAAAACAAAAUG